AUGUUGAAUGAAGACCGUAGCGAUUUGGCUACAUCCAGCAAUCUACUGACUGAGCCUUUCGUACAUCGUGUCACGGACAUUGCUACUGAACACGCAGGUGCUAAUUGUGCCAACGUAGUCGCGAACGCUGACAGUACCGACAAUUGUCAAGCAGCUGAUUCGGAACUAGUGACGAGUUUGUUUUGCACAGGAUCUGGCAAGCAAGUCUCGAUUUGUAAGACAAAGUUAAAUGUGUAUGAAAAAAAAUUGUUGAAGGAAGACCCCAAAGAUCUAGCAGAUCAAUCGGCUACAACUAAUGUAAAUCAUAUCACGGAAAAUGGUGCUGAACAUGCAGGUGCUGAUGGUGCCAGCCGGAUUUCAAAUGUUAUUGGUUCCAAUCAUU